GACAUCUAGAUUGCGGUGGAGCUGGGAGCGACUGGGACGUUGAGGAAAGAAGGAGAAAGAAAAGAAGUCCGAUCCUGAGCGUCAGAUUACGCACGACUCCGAACCGGACGCGUCUUUUGCUGCGCUUUAGGAAAUGUAGUUCGAAUCUUUCCCGAACAUUUCAACAAGGUUUUUUAGUUGAUGAGAAGUGCCCGGAGCUGCUCUUUUUGCUUCCCCGUGUUCUCAGCUGCAGUUGUCGGGCUUGAACCACUGAAGCCACCGCUGCUCCUCCAACAGCGCUCCUUCUCGUUCACCUUUUACGCAUUAAUAAAAAUAACGCGUUUUACUUAAACCGACCCAUAACUGCAUUAGGAAAAGUAUCUAAGAAAUAAGCGCGAUGUGUGACCUGAUGCCAGCCUCGCAACCAGUGGAGAAAAUCGGCAAAAUGAAAAAGUUGAGAAGAACUUUGUCGGAGAGUUUCAGGAGUAUUGCUUUCAAGAAAGAAGACAGCGGCUUUGAUGAGAUAUGUGUCACGAAGAUGUCCACACGCAGCGUCCAGGGAUCCGACUCGGUCAUCAAGCCCCUGGACACCAUCCCUGAGGACAAGAAGGUGCGCGUGCAGAGGACCCAGAGCGGCUUUGACCCCUUUGAGAAGCCAACCAGUCAAGUGAAGAGGGUCCACUCUGAGAACAAUGCCUGCAUCAACGCUAAGACCUCCUCCACCGGGAAAGAGUCACCCAAACUGCGCCGACACUCCAGCCCCAGCUCUCCGACAAGCCCAAAGUUUGGGAAGGCAGACUCCUAUGAGAAGUUGGAGAAGCUCGGAGAAGGUUCAUACGCCACAGUCUACAAAGGGAAAAGCAAGGUGAAUGGGAAGCUGGUCGCGCUCAAGGUGAUUCGUCUACAAGAAGAGGAAGGGACACCUUUUACAGCCAUAAGGGAAGCCUCUCUGCUCAAAGGCCUGAAGCAUGCCAACAUCGUGCUGCUCCAUGACAUCAUCCACACCAAGGAAACCCUCACACUGGUCUUUGAGUAUGUGCACACAGACCUGUGUCAGUACAUGGAUAAGCACCCUGGAGGGCUGCACCCAGACAAUGUCAAGCUCUUCCUGUUCCAGUUACUGCGCGGCCUGUCCUACAUCCACCAGAGGUACAUCCUUCACAGAGACCUCAAGCCUCAGAACCUGCUCAUCAGCGAUACUGGAGAGCUCAAACUGGCCGACUUCGGCCUAGCCCGGGCUAAGUCAGUCCCCAGCCACACAUAUUCCAAUGAGGUGGUGACCCUGUGGUACCGGCCCCCUGAUGUCCUUCUGGGCUCUACCGACUACUCCACCUGCCUGGACAUGUGGGGUGUUGGCUGCAUUUUCAUUGAGAUGAUCCAAGGAGUGGCUGCCUUUCCUGGGAUGAAGGACAUCCAGGACCAGCUGGAGAGGAUAUUCCUGGUCCUGGGAACUCCCUCUGAAGACAGUUGGCCUGGUGUGAACUCAUUGCCUCACUUCAAGCCAGAUCGCUUCACAGUUUACAGCGCUAAGAAGCUGAGACAAGCAUGGAAUAAGUUAGGCUACGUGGACCACGCUGAGGAGUUGGCCUCCAGGUUCCUCCAGUGCUUCCCAAAGAACCGUCUGUCGGCUCAGGCAGCGCUCCAACACGAGUACUUCAGCAACCUGCCCCCACGGCUCUGGGAGCUGCAGGACAUGUCUUCUGUCUUCACCGUACCAAAUGUCAAACUGCAGACAGAGAGCGGAGACAGUAUCCAGGUGUGUGCCAGGAGGAACAGUCACGGAAAAGCCUCCUCCGGCACCAAACACUGACCGGGGGCGGAAUUCUGCUCAUCCCGACCGCCUGACAGGUGGCUGUUGUAAAACCAUGAAGACCUGCGUAUCGAGAUAGAGGAUCUAAACAAAAUGGCAGAGCCCCAGAGUUCUUUAUUUAUUACUUUCAUGACGUGUGUGCGAGUGAGAGAGCGAGUGUGGUGUGUGCAUGGUCAAGCAAAGGGAUGUGUGCAUGUGAGCUUUUCAGAUGGUACCUAAGAGUUAUCAUUUGCAGAUUUUGUUUACUUUUUAUAAAGCUCCAACGACUCCUAUGAUAUCAUUGUCACGGUAACAACAAAAAGGACUUUACUAUUGGUACAUAUUGUGUUUUGUGUUUGUAACUAGCCUCCUAUUUAAGAAUGUAUAUUUGUAUGAUAUACUCAUCUAGAUACUAUAUAAUGGACAUUUUGAAUAUCGCAUCUUCUCACACUGCUCUGGCCAACAUACGCAAAUAAGCAGCAAACAGGCCAAGCAGAAACAAUGAACAAAACAUGAUGCAGUCACAAGAGAUGGUUUUCCUUGUAUAUUUUUAAGAUAUGUUUGACUUGAAUCCAAAAAAGUUUAUAAUAAUAAUAAUAAUGAUAAUAAUAAUACCAAUGUAACGCUUUGUCAGGUGGAGUAACAUGUGUCUGGAGUCUGGAAUUAACUUCAUAAAACUUUCAUGGCUUUUCUCAAUCUCCCUCUUCCACAUAUGCAGUAGGAGAUUUGGCAAAUACAAUCAACCACUAUACAAUGCUAACUUAAAUAAUACAAAAUCGGAAUGAAUUUGUGAGACCAUAUUGGUAUACAAAUGUUGGCUAAGCUUUUGUCUAGCUGUGUUAUAUAUUAGGAACUUGACAGUGCGUACAACCAAACCACUAAAGAGAAUAAUAAAUGGAACACAAUUGUAUUUGUUUAUUUAUUUCUUUUUUAUUAAAAUCAGUUUUUGCAAUUACAUCAUACUAAUCAUAGUCACCACUGAGCAUUAUGUCCAUUGUGUAGUGUUUCAAAAUGGCGAUUGAUCAGACAGGGUUUAACAAUGCUACGUUGUCCAGUCUGAUCCUGUAAUGGGGUGGUUUGCUUCACAACAUGGAGGCAAACUAUCCAUUGUCAGCCAUGUUGAAUUCACAUUUUCUCUCCUGAAUCUUCCCUUAAAAUGAUUUGAACGCUUUAAUAAUUUAAGUGGACUUCAAACAUGAGCCCGGACACAUGUUCUUUCACCUGAAGAGCCAGUCUGUGGAGAUGUUGAUGGUGCACACAUAGUCUAACCAAUCAGAUGCAAUACUGACAGCAGCUGUAGACAUACAUGUUGAGUGAAUGUGCGAACUUAAAGGGGCAAUAGCUUAGCAUCAGUGCUUCCAUCCACAAUAUCUACACGGGCUAUGGAACUAAACUGUCACAACAUAAGGCAAUAGGCUCUGCUGGCUGUUGUCCCGCUAGGCCCAGGACAAUCUUAUCUGCCAUAGAAACAUCUGCAAUAUUACUACUGCUAAUAUUUCAGGUUUGUUUAUUAGAUAUUAUUAAGAGACACAGCUUUAUUUGAACUGUUGUGGCACUGUACUGUAUCGCCAGUAGAAAUAGUGGAGAAGGAAAAAUCACCAAUGAUUUUCAAAUGCUACAAUAACAAGACAUGAGUGAAUGAUGCAUAAAGUUUUAAUUAAAUAAUGAUAAUGUAAUACUAAUUGCUAAGAUGGCCAAUUUGUAGUACAUUUAAAAGAUUGUGGUGUAGCUAUAGAAACAUCAUAGCUAUAUAUUUCCCUGUCCAAUUCAUUCAUUCUCUCAGUGUUAAUCGAAUAACAAAACCAAUUUUCUAUACCAGAGCUUCCAUCCCAACUUGAAACACAACCUCCACUCUUUCUACUGCCUGCGGUGUGUAGUAUGUGUAGUAUAGGUGGGAAAUACUUACCUGGCUCUCAUGCUUUCUCAUAUGUGUGCCCCUCAACAUCCUCUUUGAAUUUAUACAAUGUUUUUAAAACACAAGUGGUUUUAUGUAUUUUUGAAUUGUUGCUUUAAUGUUUUAAUUGUGUUGGUGAUCAUUGUGAAGUACUAUCAACACAAAGACUUCCUGUUUUAUCAGUUGUGAAUUGACUGAAAUAAUAACACCGCUGGCCCUGAGCUGUUACAAAGACACAAGGCUGCUAAACUCAUACACUUGGCUAACACAUUUCCAUACUCAUAAAUAGAUAUCUUGCCUGUUUCAAUAAGGACCUAUUGCUACGCAGUUAAAUCCUGCAGCCCCUUUAUACCCCACAGAACUGGAGUUGGUUCAGCAAAUGAAAAAGACACAUGACUACCUUUAUGGCAUUUAAAUGGAUAGAUUAUUUGAAGUGAGGGAGAUUUUCGCAGAUAGCAAUAGUGGACCAAGGUAUGAGUUGAAAAAUCCCAAAGUAACUUACAAUGUUUACUGUAGCUACACGCUCUAACAAUCACGCCACACGCCUGCUUACUAGCUAGUAUGUUGUUGCAUGCUAUCUCUACAACAGGGAAAUCCAAACUUGGUGCUUAUUUACCUGCAAUUAAACAUUACAGUUAAUAAAAAUAAGGUUAAUAAUAUAUAUUUCAAUUUUUUGUCAGGCAUAGCCCUUUUGCCUCAAGCUGUAUUACGCAAUUCAAAUUUUUGUUGUAAAAAAUGACUUUCAGUGUGCAAACUAUUACUAUUAUUGCAAGCAGAUUCUAAAUGUUUGCAUGAAUCAAUAUAUGAAAAAGCUGUCAACUUUUUGCACCCAGCGCCUUAUUUUCAUGACUCAGACGCGUUGACACUGUUAAAUAUCUUCUGCUACCAAUACAAAUCCAAUCUGUCUGACCACUGAAAAUAAAUAUAAUUCUGUCUAAACUCUCCCCUAUGGAAUUUAAAAGCACUUUAAAUAAAUUAUGCUUGCCCUAUACAUUCCAGUCUAUUUGGUCAAUUAUAAAACAUUAUAACCAUGCCAACUAUUUUCUAAACUACCUAUAUAAUCACGCUAUGCCCCUGAAUUCAAAUACUAAUUUUGGAUAGAUGUAAAAUACAAAUUGCUAUGAAGCGAGUGUGUUUUGCCCAGCGUGCAACAGUAAAAUAAGAUGAGAUGGGAAAGGGUUAAUAUAUAUAUAGUUAUGUGCAGGUUACCCAGUGUGGCUUUAAGGGAUUGCAGGUGUUAAUAGCAUUUGGAUAUCAUUUUCUUUGUGCACAUCUAGUGGCACAUGUUUUUUGUUUUUUUUCUAAUUUGCAGAGCUACAAUACGCUAGCCUGCAGUCUUGUACAGAAACAUUUAUAUUUUUGUGUGGGCAGUUGUUGAGGACACUGCUCAAACUUGAAUGCGCUUCAUACUGUAGAUUUGGGACCCCAUGAAGGAAAUGGUUUUGGAGAAAAUUGCACAUAUAGCACUGUGACGGGAAAAUGGAAUACUAUUUUAGCCAGAAAUAUGAAAAGUAAAGUUGGUGAAAUGCGAAAUGGGUGAUGCUUCCAGUGUUUGUAUACAGGGUUAUACAGAAUGCCCCUUUAUGCUAGCAAAGAGAAAUCAUUUAUGAAUAUAGGCUAUGAACUAUUUUUGGUGGUGUCAUGGAAGGGAAUGGUUGACUUUACUGAAAUAGGCUAAUCCAUUUUUGCAGCUUUUUCCUAACUUCUUCGCAUAUUAUUUUCAUUGUAUGCUGCACUGAAAAAAGAAAACACAAUUUCACAUGUUGUUUGGAAAAAAAUACAGAAGUGCUGUCAGCCACUUCGAGUGAAACACAAUAUAAUAUACAGUAGAUUAGCAGUUGCAUUAUUUGUUACAACCUGUAUGUAAUGUUAUUAUGGAAGAUGUAAUGUCCUUCUGUAAAUGUUGUUUAUUGUUGUUUUACCUGAAAUAAAAUUUAUUAAUGCUUCAAA